AUGUCGCGACAUCAGAGUAGCCCUGGACGUUCCGAUGGCUCACAGUCUGGUCUUCCAGCUGUUCUCUCGAAGAAACUUGUGGUUGUGGGAGACGGCGGAUGCGGAAAAACAUGCCUUCUCAUUAGUUUCUCGCAAGGAUAUUUCCCUGAGAAAUAUGUUCCAACAGUGUUUGAAAACUACAUUGCACAUACAACACAUAAACCCACAGGCAAACCAAUCGAACUAGCCCUUUGGGAUACCGCCGGCCAAGAAGACUACGACCGAUUACGUCCGCUAUCGUACCCGGAAACAGAUGUGUUAUUUGUCUGCUUUGCUGUUGAUUGUCCGACGAGUUUCGACAAUGUUAUGGAAAAGUGGUACCCCGAAGUUAUGCAUUUCUGUCCGACAGUACCAUUGAUCCUUGCAGGGCUCAAAUCUGACCUUCGUCAGGAUACCAAUGCAAUAGAUUUACUCCGUACGCAGGGGCUGGCCCCAGUGCCAACGGAACAAGCAAUGGAUACUGCCCGUGGUAUGGGAGCAUUGUAUAUGGAAUGUAGUAGCAAAACCAUGCAGGGAGUACAGGAGCUAUUCGAAUUAGCAGUCAAUACGGCUGUUGGUAAAGAUAUCCCUAGCCCGGGAAGUUCACGGACACCCGCAGCCGGCCGGCCAAAAAAACAAAAAACCUGCAAGAUCCUCUAA